UUAGUUUGGACAGGCGUCCAUUUUCUUCCUCCUCCAGCCUCACAUUAGCUAUUCUUUCUAUGUUCUCUCUAUCUCUCAUAUCACUUUCUUUUCUUUUCUUUUCUUUUUUCCGAAUCUGAAAUUUUUCCUACAAAAUCUACUUCCUGUCCUCAAAGACAGAUCCGAAGGUGGAUGCCAAAUCUAUCACCCCUAUUUACCCGAGAAUAUCGUACCAAUUAGAUUCCUCUUCCUUCUACAUUACUGCAUUUUUUCACACUAUUAGUCGCAAUAGAACAUAAUUUAGUUUAUCUACUCACUGCUAGUUCGUUUUUUUUUCCCUAUCCUUUUCGCCAUUCGAUCUCUUUUCGUCGUAGAAGAGGAGAAGGGGUUUCUUUGAGCGACCCCACAAUCGCAGUGGGUGUUUUGUAGAUUCUAGUUCCUGAUCUUACUUCCGUUGAUCAAAAGUUUUUUCUUAUGAUUUUUACGGUACUGGGAUUAGCAUAGCCUGAAUUUUUGAGUUAUAAAUAUAGUUUCGGAUCUUUGGGUUACUGGCAAAUCUUGUUGGAUCUGAGAUUGUGCUGUAAAUAAUGAUCAAUCGUUGAUGAGAUACUGGGAAUAGGCAAAUUUUUUUGUUUGAGUUGUGUAGUAGAGUGCUUUUGUAACUUAACAAGGAUCGGGAGAUUGGGUUUGUAUCAUGGAUCAUGUUAUUGGUGGAAAGUUCAAGCUUGGUAGGAAGAUUGGGAGUGGAUCGUUUGGCGAGCUUUACCUAGGUGUUAAUGUACAAAGUGGGGAGGAAGUCGCUGUUAAGCUAGAAUCUGUGAAGACCAAGCAUCCCCAGCUUCACUAUGAGUCUAAAUUGUAUAUGCUUCUCCAAGGGGGAACUGGUAUACCCCAUCUAAAAUGGUUUGGAAUUGAGGGUGACUACAAUGUCAUGGCUAUUGACCUCCUUGGGCCUAGUCUUGAAGACUUGUUUAACUAUUGUAAUAGGAAAUUAUCUCUGAAAACAGUUCUGAUGCUGGCAGAUCAGCUAAUAAACAGAGUUGAGUACAUGCACUCCCGGGGUUUUCUGCAUCGAGAUAUAAAGCCUGACAACUUUUUAAUGGGUUUAGGCCGGAAGGCAAAUCAGGUAUACAUAAUUGAUUAUGGUCUUGCAAAAAAGUACCGGGACCUUCAAACACAUAAGCAUAUACCAUACAGGGAAAACAAAAACCUCACUGGAACUGCUCGUUAUGCAAGUGUUAAUACUCAUUUGGGAGUUGAGCAAAGCAGAAGAGAUGAUCUAGAAUCUCUUGGUUAUGUGCUCAUGUACUUUUUGAGAGGAAGUCUCCCGUGGCAAGGCUUGAAAGCUGGCACUAAAAAGCAAAAGUAUGACAAGAUAAGUGAAAAGAAGAUGCUUACUCCAAUAGAGGUCUUAUGCAAGUCCUAUCCAUCGGAAUUCACAUCAUACUUCCACUAUUGCCGAUCAUUGCGGUUUGAAGAUAAGCCCGAUUACUCUUAUCUUAAGAGACUCUUUCGAGACCUAUUCAUCCGAGAAGGGUAUCAGUUUGACUAUGUAUUUGAUUGGACAAUGUUGAAGUAUCCACAAAUUGGAUCCAGCUCUAGAGCUCGACCUAGUGGGAAACCAGUCAUAAACCCAGGGCAAUCAGGAGAACGACCUUCAGUUAUACCAGAGAUUCGAGAUAGAUUCUCAGGUGCAGUUGAGGCAUUUGCGAGGAGGAAUGGCUCUGGACUUGGUCUACACGGUGAUCAUUCUAGGCAUAAGUCUUCUGACGAUGCGCCUUCUUCGUCUAAAGAUGUGCAAGCUGAUCCUGAGAGGCCUCGGAGUUCUUCUCGUAAUGGCAGUUCUUCAAAGAAGCUUGUCUUGUCAAGCAGACCAAGCUCUUCCGGUGAGCCCAGUGAAAGCCGUGUUAGCCGACUGGUCUCAAGCAGUGGCAGACUAUCAACAACUCAGAGACUUCAACCUAGUUCUGAGUCUAAAACAUCUCUAACUCGGACUUCGGGGACAAGACUUGGCCGUGAUGAUGCCCUCAGGAGCUUUGAACUCCUGUCACUUAGCACAGGGAAAAGGAAAUGAAGAACUUUGUGUCGAUGGUCUUAGUUCUUCUGCGCUGAAAGUUUCCUUUGAGAUGUCGACACAUGUUAAUUGCUCUGUAUAUUUCCAUCCAAUGCUGAGGCUAAAGCUCUCCCAAACUUCUUCACGAAGAUUUGGCAGACUCUUCUUCUACCUCUUCAGAUGUUCUUCCAUGAUUAUUUCAGCAUGGACCCAUUCAUGAAGAGAUGCUAUGUUACUUAAGGAAUUUGUUAAUAUAUGGCUACUUGUAAGUUGUAAUAAAUUCGUUCUCUAUUUAUCUGUAAAAUGAAUGAAAAAGAAUCUGCAGAAGUGCUUUUGGAACUUUU